AUGCGCAGUAUUAGACUAGAAAAGAUAAAAAAAUCGAUCGGUGGUGGACUCAUCAUCAACGAUAUCAGCCUGACCAUCCCUGCGGGGAAAUUCUUCGCCCUUCUCGGGCCAAGCGGGUGCGGAAAGACAACCCUUUUACGUUUGAUCGCGGGUCUUGAAAAGGCCAAUGCGGGAAAGAUUUUUUUAGGCAACGAAGACAUCACGGAGGAUGCCAUUCACGAAAGGCCGAUUAACAUCGUCUUUCAAAACUACGCCCUUUUCCCUCACCUCGAUGUCUUUGACAAUGUCGCUUAUAGUCUUCGGCUGAAUAAACUUCCCAAAAUCGUCAUUGAACAGAAAGUCUUCAAAAUCCUCGAAGCAUUCCACCUUGAGAACCACAUCUACAAAUCGCCUAGUCAACUCUCCGGGGGACAACAGCAACGGGUGGCGCUGGCCAGAGCGAUUGUGAAUGAACCCGACGUCUUGCUCUUAGAUGAGCCGCUCGCCGCUCUCGACUUUAAGCUCCGCGAAAGGAUGCUCAUCGAACUCAUUGAGCUCCAAGACAAGCUCAAGACAACCUUUGUCUAUGUAACCCACGACCAGUUCGAAGCCCUGACGGUUGCCGAUCAGAUGGCGAUCAUGAAUCACGAAGGAGAGAUUGAGCAGAUUGGGACCCCCAAAGAGAUCUACGAAUUCCCCCACUGUUGCCAAUGA